AUGUCCGGUGCCUUUAAUUCUGUAGGCAGUGUAGACCAGAAACCACCUUUGAGAUUGCGUCGCACCUGCCCGGCGACAAAACCUGUGGCAUUUGCUAUACGCACAAAUGUCGCAUAUGAUGGCAAUUUGGAUGAUGACUGUCCAUUACAAGGUCAUGCAAUCUCAUUUAAGGCUCAAGAAUUUUUACAUAUCAAGGAAAAGUAUGAUAACAACUGGUGGAUUGGUCGUCUGGUGAAAGAAGGCUCUGAUCUGGGCUAUAUACCAUCCCCUACCAAACUCGAAAUCAUGCGUAUGAUUGCUCAAUCGCCAAGUUCAACCAAAAAUUCUAUAUCUUCAAACUUGGAUGGUAGUCCUACUGCAGGAGGUGUUCGUACAUCUGCUCUAACUGUUCCAACUGUAAAAUGUAAACGAAAUAUAUUCUUUAAGAAACAAGAUAUUUCACUGCCACCUUACGACGUUAUUCCUUCGAUGAGGCCAAUUGUAAUAGUCGGGCCAUCUUUAAAGGGAUACGAAGUAACUGAUAUGAUGCAAAAAGUAAUAUUCAACUUUUUGAAACGCCAUUUUGAAGGAAGAAUCAUUAUCACCCGCGUAAUAGCUGAUAUAUCCUUGGCUAAAAAAUCUCUCUAUAAUAACCCGUCGAAAAAAACUACCGUUGGAAAUAAACCAGGUUCGCGAUCGAACAAUUUAGCUUAUGUUCAAGAAGAAGUUGAACGUAUUUUUGAACUUGCUCAAACAUUACAGCUUGUUGUUUUGGAUUGUGAUACCAUCAAUCAUCCAUCGCAAUUAGUAAAAACUUCUUUGGCGCCAACCAUAGUAUACAUAAAAGUCAAACCGGAAAUACUACAUCGGUUAAUUAAAACACGAGGUAAGUCACAAACUCAAUAUCUCAAUGUUCAAAUGGUGGCGUCUGAAAAGUUGGCCCAAUGUCCGUCAAAAAUGUUUGACGUAAUAAUAGACGAAAGUCAGAUAGAAGAUGCUUGUGAUCACAUCGCUGGGUUCUUGGAGUCUUAUUGGCGAGCGACACAUCCACACGAGAUUCUGGACUAUAGCGAACAGCAACUAUUAACGAGACCAAUCAAAAGAUCACCGAAAAUAGUUUUAUCCUCGAUAAUACCAAAGGCGAACGUUUGCUCUCGGUCAGAGUAUAAGCCAAAGGCCCGUAGAUCAUCCCGCACGCAUAGUGAGUACAACGAUUAUGAACCUAACGAUCAAGAAAGAAAGGAUAAUAAUAUAUCACUUUCAACCUCCACACAUAAAAUGAAUAAUCAAAAACAACAGCAACAACGUUAUCAUGAUGUAGUCCAGUAUGACCUGCGUCAGCCGCUUCAUAGUUACCAUUCUCAGCUCCUGCGUAAUCGGCAUAACUACGGUGGUCGGCUACAUCAAAACCGUGUCGUGCAGCUGAAUGACCACGAACAUGAACAGUAUAACUAUGAAUACCAGCCGCGUCAAAAUCAACGCUUUCCGCACCAGCUUCAGCAGCAAAAUCACAACGAACAGAGGCAGCAUCAACGUGGUCAGCAGCGGCAUGAGCGACACGUGUCGUUCGAAAUGUCUGGUCUAUAUCACGAUGACGAGUAG